CAAUACAAUACUAACAUUUAUCAAGAAAUCAUAAUCCAAAUUGCAACAUAUAAAAUCACAAAUAAUUAAACUGCAUUCAUACAAUUAGCGAAUACCAACUAGCAAGACCAUAAUAUCAUUAUCAUUUACAAACAUUAAAGAAACAAAUACUACUAUGGUGUGAGGUUUGCUAUGUUGACUGCAAAUAAAAGUCGGCGAGGGAUGACUUUGAUUCUUAAAAAUAUAUUUGAGACUAUAAUUUUGUACAAGCAGACUAGUGAUGACAACGGGGCGGGGCGGGUACCUCAAUUCUCAUGUCCGGUCCCACGCUACUACGGGAUGGGGUGGGUCGACCCACUCUUACUUAUUACUUGAAAAUAAGUACACGUAAAUUUUACUUUUUAUGAUAAAACGAAGCGAAAAACACUUUAUGAAUGAAAAAUAGUGAUAAUAGAAUGGGUAAUUGAGUCUGAUAAGUUGAAAGAUCGACUCUAACUAGUUGAAGAAAAAUCAAAAUAGGAUGAAUAUGUAUAGAUGCUAUAAAAAAUUAAAAUAAAAUAGCUCUAGAACGGGACGGAACGGGACAGAGCGGAUCGGGAGUAAAUACUCAUGCUCUACCCCACGCUACUGCGGGUUGGGUAACACUAACCAAUCGUGAAUCAGGUCGGAUAAUACCUGCGAGUAGCGGGUUGAAAUUGCCAUAAGGAGAGGUGACAAUUGAAUAAUCGGUAGGCAAGCUAUGUCAUAAUAAUUAUAAAAAAAAAAAAAAACGAGACUCGAGAGGAGAAAUAAUUUUGUUUUGAUAUAGAAAAAAGUUGGGUGACCGUUUUGUUAUAACUUGUAAAGUUCAUUGACUGUUUUGGUCACGGAAAUAGUGUGAUCUCUUGAGUCCCCCGUGACAACACGGCUCUUCUAAUAUAAGAAAUCUAACUUUACUCUCUCUCUCUCUCUCUCUCCACGCCAAGUUUUAAUAUUCAGCAACACAAAAACGUGUGGGAAAAACAAAAGCAUCCGCAGAUCAAGAACAAAGCAAGAAGGUGGUGACUGGGCCCCACUCCCACCACAAGAAAGAAAGAAAGAAUCCAAUACAUUUGUUUUCAAAAGGAAACAAAAAACUCGUGGGUCUAAUUAAAUCCAAUCCGCUUCAAAGAACGUGCUCUCUCAACCUAACCCUUUUUUUAUUUAAAAAAUAUUUAUCUAUAAAUCACCCUUCCCCUCCCCAUUCAACCCACAAACCAAUCCCCAAUUUCCCCAUCCACAGAAAGAAAAAAUCUCAAUCUCCGUCGCCAAACGAAGAAGAAGCCAGGAACGGAAAAAAAAAAUGGUGAAGAAAUUACUGUUAUCUCCGGCGCCGGAAAAGUCGACUUUUGCGCAGACCUGCAACCUCCUGAGCCAGUACUUGAAGGCCGGGAAAGCCAAUCUGGGAGAUAUCAGCCUCGCCGCCAACUUCGACCACCAACAGCCUCCCGUUAGUUACAAAUCUUCUUCAUCAGCAGCUGCACCGACCACGACGCUGGACCUUCUGCCGGGCAUCGGCAGCUCCUCCUCCUCCAAUCGGGAGGGUGAGAGCCGCGAAUUAUACGACGGGAAGCCGUUGCCCCGGUUCACCGGGUUCGGAUCUACGACGACCGGAGCAGGGGGAGAAAGCGGCGCUCAGAUGACGAUUUUCUACGGCGGGAAAGUCAUCGUGUUCAACGAUUUCCCGGCGGAGAAGGCCAAGGAGAUCGUGGGCUUGGUUUCCGAGCAGCAGGGGAUUAGCAGCAAUAACAAAUCUCAGGACGAGCAGAUUAAUAACAACAUCAACACCGCGGCGGCGGCGGCGGCUUCCUCCUCGUCGACGUCCCCCGACGCCGGCCAGCGGAUCGGCCACCUACGGCCGCCGCAACCCCGGCCGAUGGGUUCGGACCUGCCGAUUGCCAGAAGAGCUUCUCUUCACCGCUUCUUGGAGAAGAGAAAAGACAGGGUUACAUCGAGAGGGCCAUAUCAUCAAUUCGAGUCGCCGAAGGCAGCUGAUGGCGACAAGAAGAAUCCAUGGAUUGAUCGACGGAUGAGCCAAUCGGCUACACAUCUGGAGCUUAGCUUAUAGGGUUCCCAUUUCUUUAUUAAUUAAUUCCCGUGAUCCAUAAUUACUUAGCUUUUGGAAGAUAAAGAUGUUUCUAAUUGGCUGUUAAUCAAUUUCAACAUCUUCUUCUCUUCUUUUUCUUGUGCCUAUGCAACAUUUUGAUGAAAAGUAUAGACAUUUUUGUACAUCACAAUCCAAUUCCAAUGCUAUGGACGGCGCUUUGUUAUUAUCACAUAAAAUGGCUACUUUAUUGAAUGAUUAAAUGGCUAAAAUGAAAAUGAGCAUCUACAAAACUUGGGAACAAAUAGGGAUGUUAAUGAACCGAGUUAGAAUCGAGUUUUGCAUUGUUCAGGUUUCGUUCGUUUAUUGACGAGCUGAACUCGAGUUUUGCUCGUUUAUGAACGAGUCGAGUCAAGCCGAGCAAGAACAAACUCAUUUGCUGAAUCUUGGCUCAUCAUUAAGAUUGAAAUUUUGGCUCAAGCUCAACUUUAAGAUAAUUUAUAAAUUAAUUACGUUAAUAUUUAUAUGUCAUAUAUAUAUGAUACAUGUGAUUAAUUGAUCUUCAAGUCAUAUAUGAAACAUAUUUGCUCACAUACUCAAAUUAUUAAACAUCACAUGAGGUGAGAUAUAUAAUUUAAUAAAUCUAAGCAUAGUUA